AAUAAAGGUUGGGCUCGAUGCCGAAGAGUAAAAAUGAAUCCAGUCCACUUCUACUAGACCACCACCGAUCAGCAUGUCCUCGCAUUCUAUUACCGCUGCCACGGCAGCGGCGGCCGCCGUUAAGCAACUGUUAUUUCAUCCUUCAUUCACCUUAUUGCCGUUGCAUUGCUACCGCCGCCAAAUUUCCUCUUCCCUUCUCGCAGUCGCCUGUUAUUCCACUACCUUAUCUGCUUCUACUCGUAACAAGAAAAAGCUAAACAGAAAAGAUAAUUCCGUUACCGGUACUAGUCGUAGAGUUCUAAUAGAUUCUGUAGUGAAGAGGAGAACUCGGUCGGAUAAAAAGUUCGAUGAGGAGAGCUUUCGUCAAUUUGGUGACACCGAGAGUCAUAUUCCGGUGAUGCUAGGUGAGGUAUUGGAGGUUUUUGAUUCUCUUAAGCUUCAGACGUUUGUCGAUUGUACCCUUGGAGCCGCCGGACAUUCUUCCGCCAUAAUUCAGGCUCAUCCCGAGAUGCAAUCAUAUGUUGGACUGGAUUUUGAUCCUGUUGCCCAUGAAAAAGCAAAAGCCAGGAUUGAUUCGAUCCAAAGUUCCAUGUCCCAGGACUCGACUUCCAACCUAAAAACACAUACCUUUCUGCGAAAUUUCAAGAACAUCAAGUCCACAAUAUCUGAGGUAGACGAGAAGCUUCUGACUUCAGGAAUUGAUGGGAUCCUAAUGGACUUGGGAAUGUCAUCCAUGCAGGUGAACAAUGCUAAAAGAGGAUUUAGUGUGCUUUGUGAUGGACCCCUUGAUAUGAGAAUGGAUCCCCAGGCAAGUUUGACAGCUGAAGACAUACUAAAUUUAUGGCCAGAGGCUGAAGUGGGACGAAUUUUACGUGAUUAUGGGGAAGAAAACAAUUGGCGUGCACUUCAGAAGAGGAUUGUUAAGGCCCGAUUAACUGGUGGAUUGCAUUCUACUAGUGAGCUAGUAGAUCUUAUAAGGAGUUGUACAUCUGGUGGAAAAGGAGGGAGGCAAGGUUGGAUAAAGACAGCAACAAGAGUGUUCCAGGGUUUAAGAAUUGCUGUUAAUGAUGAACUCAAGACACUCGAGGCUUCAUUAUAUGAUUGUUUCAGGUGUCUUGCACCUGGGGGGAGGCUUGCUGUUAUAUCUUUUCACAGUCUGGAGGACAGAAUCGUAAAACAAACAUUUCUCGAUAUCAUCAAAAGCAAUUCAGUUGAUGGAAGCGGAAGCGCGUUCCCUGAUCUGAAAAAUGUUGAAAACGAGCCAUGGAUCAAACAGAUGAUUGGAGGUGUUGGUGGGACAAUCCUUACAAAAAGACCCAUAACACCCUCUCAAGAUGAAGAGAAACUCAAUGUUCGCUGUAGGAGCGCUAAGCUCAGGGUAAUACAAAGGGACUGAAGCAAGAUAGAUCCCUUUGUAGGCACCAUGUGAUGGUGACUCAUACAUUUAAGUAUGUAUCAGACACAUAUAUGAUGUGAUGUGUCUGAUACAUACAAUAUGCAGUAUGUGUCAGGCACGUUAAUAUUAACGUGCCUGAUACAUCAGGAUCUACAAAAUGUCUAUUGAGUACUAACAGUUGGGGAUACUUUGAUCCGUUAGGUAUUUGUGAUUGGAAUGUCAUCUAUUUGAGUUUUUGUAGAAUGCACAGAAUUUGUUACUAGAAAGUAUUUAGAGGCUAGGAAACGGCUUUGCUUGUAUGGACUUGUAAAGAGCGCUAUAAGCUUUGGAAUGGUCAUUGGCUUGUUUUCUGUUUACACUAUAUAA